UAACACAACGAGAUUUGGAGUUAUGUAGAUGAACGAAUGAAUUCUGGUGGCUGUAGUCGUUUUAUCCUUUGUCAAUGCUGAACCGCUGACUGGGCGUUGGUUUCUCUGGUAUCGAAUUGCUUUCGUGUUUGCUAACUGGUACCAAUAGUUGGCUAUGGAGGAGGUGGAAUCGAGGCGUCAGGGCGAUCGCUACGUCGUCUCCGAGGAGGAGAUUGGCAAAUUCAAGAACGAUGGAUAUGUGCACCUUAAGGGAGUGCUGUCGGAGGAUGAAGUGUGUAACCUGGAAAAAGAAUUCAUGGCGUUCGUGAGGCGAGAAAUACAUGUCGAGGGCCGUGACUUCUGCGACAUGUCAGGAGACUACAGCAAGCCCAUGGAGAGCUUCUCCAUCAUCAACAUCAUGCUACCAUCAAAAAUGAAUUUCACAUCUUGUAGGUACAAUCCUCGCCUCAAAGGGAACAUAUAUGAGAAACGAGCUGCAUCCAUCGCGGAACAGUUGCUCGGUUCCGACAUGGUCCUGGACUAUGAUCAGCUCCUUGCUAAACCCCCCAACAAACCGGACGCUGAGUUCAAAUGGCAUCAAGACUUGGCCUACUGGCCAGUCACGAAGGACACGCGCACGGCUUCCUUCUGGCUUGCAAUAGACAAUUCUCGAGUAGAAAAUGGGUGUGUGCAGUUUGUGCCUGGCUCCCACCUGGAAAGCAGUUUACGUUAUCAUGGGCCACUACAUGGUGACCGAGACAAGUCUCACACUUUGGCCGCCACUGUAUCAGAGAAUGACAAACCCAAGCCGGCAGAGAUCAACAGAGGUGACCUUACCGUGCACCAAGAGCGGACUUUGCACGGCUCAGGUGGAAACUUUUCUUCCACCAGUUGGCGAAGAGCGUGGGUUGUGGCGUUCAGGGCACGGGAGACCGUGGAAAAGGAAAGGCAAAUCGGCUUCACCCACUCUCAUAAUGAUAGUCUCAAGGUGUUGAAUGAAGUGGGAAAGGAGACCCAGGUGAUCUAAGUACUGGAACAGGUAUAGUGGUGAAUCUCCGUCACAAGUACCAGGUAGUUGUGAGUUGUAUUUUCUAGUUCGUAAACGAAGUUUGUAUCACUCAGGUGUAGAAACACUGUAAAUAAGAUUGUGGCAAGUGUUUUUGUCCAUCUCCUCUCAUCUCA